CUGUCGCCAUUGAACAAAGCUAAUACUCGCUAGAGCAUAUGGUAAAAUCUUUGCUAGCGACUUAAAAUAAAAUAGAAAAAGAAAAAAAAGGAAAAAGAAAGAACGAAACAACUUAACCUUCCCUCUCAGCUCUUCACCUCAUCUCACCGCACCCCCACCCCCCCACCCCGAGUUUCUGCAAACUGCCUCCUCCCAGAAAAGCGCAGUGCCGGACACAGUUGGCGCGAGGGUGGGUGGGGGAAUCCACUCCUGAGAGAUGCCGUUGCUGUUGCCCAGCUGAUUGCAACUCUAGAACCCCAGGGAGCGAGCGACUCAGUCCAGACGGUUCUGCCACUGAACAAACCAGCAUGAAUACUCCAGACAACGGGGUCAACAGUCUUUGUGCCAUAUGUGGAGAUCGAGCCACUGGAAAACACUAUGGUGCCUCAAGUUGUGAUGGGUGCAAAGGUUUCUUCAGACGGAGUAUUCGAAAGAGUCAUAUUUAUUCCUGCAGAAAUAAGAUUAGAAGAAUGAAGAAAAUUACUAUAUAUAUGUUCAGCCGGCAAUGUGUUGUUGACAAAGACAAGAGGAAUCAGUGUAGAUAUUGUCGUUUAAAAAAGUGUUUUCGAGCAGGAAUGAAGAAAGAAGCCGUGCAAAAUGAACGAGACAGGAUAAGCACAAGGAGAAAUAACUUUGAAGGCAGCAACAUUCCCUCUAUUAAUACAUUGGCACAAGCUGAAGCUCUUUCUCGUCAGAUUCCAGUUUCAAGCCCCAGUGCAAAUGCUGACAUAAAUGUUAAGAAAAUUGCGAGUAUUGGUGAUGUCUGUGAAUCAAUGAAGCAGCAACUAUUAGUGCUGGUGGAGUGGGCUAAAUAUAUCCCUGCCUUCUGUGAGUUGCCUUUGGAUGAUCAGGUUGCACUUUUAAGAGCACAUGCAGGAGAGCACCUAUUGCUUGGUGCUACAAAGAGAUCCAUGAUGUAUAAAGACAUCUUACUUUUGGGUAACAACCACAUCAUUCAUCGCAACAGCUGUGAGGUGGAGAUUAGUCGUGUAGCCAAUCGCGUUCUAGAUGAGCUAGUCCGCCCAUUUCAGGAAAUUCAGAUCGAUGACAAUGAAUAUGCUUGUCUGAAGGCAAUUGUGUUUUUUGACCCAGAUGCAAAGGGAUUAAGUGACCCAGUGAAAAUAAAGAACAUGCGAUUCCAAGUCCAGAUCAGUUUAGAGGACUAUAUCAACGACCGACAAUAUGAUUCCCGGGGAAGGUUUGGCGAGUUGCUUUUGCUCCUCCCUACACUGCAGAGCAUCACUUGGCAAAUGAUCGAACAAAUACAAUUUGUCAAACUGUUUGGGAUGGUUAAAAUCGACAAUUUACUUCAGGAAAUGUUACUAGGAGGUGCUUCUAAUGAGACUAGCCAUCUUCAUCAUCCUGUGCAUCCUCAUUUAUCCCAAGAUCCAUUAACCGGGCAAACUAUACUUAUAAGCUCUAUGUCAACCCCAGUGCACACAGAACAGAUCUCAACUCCUGAAACACCACUACCUUCCCCACCACAAGGCUCUGGACAAGAACAGUACAAAAUGCCUACAAACCAAGCUUCAGUUAUUUCACAUCAAUCUAUCCCCAAACAAAAGCAAUUGUGAUAACACUUGUUGCAUUUUAAUUUUUUUAACAUGCACUGCUUAAAUGUGAAUAAUAGGUGAUAGUAGAAAUAUCUCAGAAUAGUGAUUAAGGCUAACCCUUGACCAAGGGAUUAUGGUGCUGUUUUAAAAGGGUUUCUUCCUAUUAUCUAUUUUUUAAAAUCUUUGAAAGCUUUAAGACACAAAGGAAUAAUACAACUCUGAGUUUGGAUAUAAUGUUUUAACUUUUUCUUAGUUGUAUAUAUUUUCUCACUGCUCUUGCACAGUUUUGGGACCAGUUAAAUCUGAUAUACCACUUGCAGGUACCUUCUUAAUAUUCUUUUAAAUCUGUAAAUAAUUUCUACAUAGAGACAAGAUGCAGAACUAAGUGUACUUUUUUGCUGUGAAUAGAGAGCCUCAGUUAAAACAUGAACCAAGACUUGAUAAAUUAAUAAACUUGUAGAUUAGUAAAUAAAGCAGUUAUUGUAUAAUGGAACCAAUUUCAAUUAAAAAAACAUAACUUGUAGACAUUGUUAGACCUUGAAACAUAUCUUUUGACUCAAUAGUUCCAUGUAUUUGAUCCAGAAACAUCAUCUACUAGGUUUAACUUGUUUGGAGAAUUCAAGAAGCCUAAUUCAUUGACCUAAAAAAGUUCAAAGAAGCACAGGAACAUGAAAUACUUUAGCUACACUGUUAUGUUUUUGUACAUGUGCACAUUUGUACGUGUUUACUGAUAAAUGAAUAAGCCAUAGCAUUAUUUGUACAUUUUAAAUCACUUUUUUUUUUAAAUAGCACUUCUCUACUCUGUAGGAAAAAAAAAACAGCAAAAGAAGGAAAAUAUCUGCAGUGAUUUGGAGAAAUUUUAAUUGAGAAAACCCAUUCAGUUCAGUAAAUUUUCAAGGAGCACAAGGCAAGGAGACUAAGUGAACUCUGUACCUAUCAACCAAGCCAUAGUAUAGUUUCCAGAGGUAAGCAACUGUGUUUUUUGUCUUAAGUAAAAAAAUGUCCUUGCCUUUUAAUAGACAUAAAUGUUUACAUUAUGCAUUUAGUAAUUAUUAGUAUUUAGUCAUCAUGGCCCCAGCAAAGGGUCAGGAAGACAUUAUUGGGGUUGCCCCCAGAAGCAGUUUUCUACAUGUCAAUUUUCAGGCUCAGUCUGGGUUAGUAUGUGUCCUGAAAGUUAUAGAAAGGUACUCUGGCCAUUUCAAUGCUAUGGUUCACUUAAUGGCUUCAUAAAUAUAUCAGCUAACUCACUCGCUCUUCAAGUGGGAAUUAAGUUUUAGAAAGCAGAUACCUUAAAAGCUCAGAAUGAUUUGUGGAUUACUAAUUAUACCGGUAAGGGUGAGAGGAAGAAAACCUAUCUGAGCCUGUAAGCUUUUGGAUGUUUGUUUUAGAAUGUUUCCUUUUUAUAUGUAUAAGGAUUCUUUGAUUUAUUAGGUGGCUAAGGUCUUUUUGUUAACUUUUUGAUUCUUUUUUAUACUGUUCUCUUUUUAAGACACAUUGGAAUGUGACUAAAAUAUAUAAUAUGAAAAUAAUUUUAGCAUGUUAUAUAAACAUAUCCAGAUAAAUUUACCAAGCAGCCACACUAUUGAGCUUAUAAGAUGGGUUUUCACAACUCAAUAUCAUCAGGGAAUAAAACAAUAUUAUAUUUAUAUACAUUGAACUGCCAAAAUAAAAAGUCUAGGCACAGGCACACUAAAGGUUUCAGGAUAUUUUCAAUGUAUAAAAAACAUUGUUAUCUAUUUUAUAGUACAACCAUUUUCAUAUAAUAAAAAAUGAUAAUUUAUUGUGAAAUGUUGAUUUAUUUUAUAAAUGUAAAAUUUUU